AUGAGCAAUGAUACGCAUGGGUAUGACUCGAACCAAUCCUCUGAUUCUCUUGCAGAGACUUUGCUGCAAAAAGGAGAUUCAGAAGUGUCGGAAGCAACAUUGAGUUUGAAUUCAACGAGUGGUGAAAUAUCCACUCUUACAUCAAAUACGCAGUUGGAUAAUUCUGAUGACGAAAUCACAUUGCAUAAACAAUCUGACAAAGAACUAUAUAAUAUAUAUGACAAGUGUGCGAAUAAAGGCAGUGUCCCUGCCGAGGUUAUGCUUUCGGAUUUUGAGGCAGAGAAAGAGUCUAAUCCCACAGUUAAUCUUUCUUUCGAUGAUUCUGAGGUUUCAGAUGAUGAUUACACUAGAAAUCGUUGUAUACAAGCUUAUGGAAUUUCAGAAGGGUCCGAUGCUGAAGACAAUUGGUUACAGCCUAUUAUCAGCAAGGGCCAAAUAUCCCAAAAGACCAAGAAAUCUGGCCUUUUUUACAGUAUCAACAAGUUCAUAGCGCCUACAUUUUCUAUCAACAAUUUGCAUAUGUUGAAUAAUGAACUGUUGUCAUAUAUAACCACCAAGUCCACUGCGCCUAGCAGGGCUAAAAAACAAGAAUCCAGCUCCAGUUGGGAAUCGCUUGUCAAUGUUUUACUAGCGCAGAAUAGCAAGGGGAAAGAGAGUGAUAAGAAGAAGGCUAUUAAUACUAAGAGACCUAAUAAGUCGAAGGCUAAGAAUAAUACCGUUGAAAGUGUGUUAACUAACAAUUUUGCCGUGCCAUCUAGUAUGUGUGGUGUUUUUAAUACCAUGUUUAAUUCGAGCAGUAACAAGGGUAGAAUUCAAUAA